AAUAAAACAAUUUCAAGCUCUGUAACUAUUCUCGAACCAAACCAGAGAGAACGAACAGGGUCGGUCUCCAAUGGAACAAGACGACUGCCCUGUGCCCCAAUCUGCCGGGAGAGAAGAUUUCGGGAAAUUGCAGCACGGAUGCGAGCAUUAUAGGAGACGAUGCAGAAUCCGAGCCCCGUGCUGCGACGGAAUCUUUACCUGUCGCCAUUGCCACAACGAGGCCAUGAGCUCGCUGAGCAAUCCGAAGGACCGCCACGAACUUGUUCGACAGGACGUUAGACAAGUGGUUUGCUUGAUUUGCAACACAGAGCAAGAGGCCGUCAGGGUUUGUCGCAACUGUAAUGUUAAUAUGGGAGAAUACUUUUGCGACAUCUGCAAAUUCUACGAUGAUGAUACCAAGAAGAAGCAGUUUCAUUGUGAUGCUUGUGGUAUCUGUAGAGUUGGUGGUCGUGAAAACUUCUUUCACUGUGAAAAGUGUGGAUCUUGCUAUUCCACCCCACUGCGCGAUAACCACAUGUGUGUUGAGAACUCUAUGAAAAGUUUUUGUCCCAUUUGUUAUGAGUUUCUUUUUGACUCAAUUAAAGACACAACUGUUAUGCCUUGUGGUCACACAAUACAUUUGGAGUGCUUCAGAGAGAUGGAAUCGCAGAAUCAAUACCGUUGUCCUAUCUGCUCCAAGACAGUUAUGGACAUGUCUGCAAGCUGGGCAUUGCUGAAAAUGGAGAUUGACUGCACACCGAUGCCUGAGGAAUACAGCCAUGAGGUAUCGAUUCUCUGCAACGACUGUAGCCAUACGAGCAAUGUUCGUUUUCACAUUUUGGGACACAAGUGCAGUCAGUGCAAUUCAUUCAAUACUAGGAGGAUUUCUACUGUAGAAGGUCAAUGAAAACUAAAGGUAAGCAAGAAAAAUGGGGGCUCUCUUGAUCUUAACCAUUAGGUUCUGUUGAAAGUUCGAUUGUUCGAGUCAUUUGAUCCAUUUAGAAGUUCGAUUGUUUGAGUCAUUUGAUCCAUUAAGGAAGGCAACCUGUUUUGUUCAGAGGCCGGCUAUGAUUGGUUUAUACCCUUAAUCAGACAUGUGGAAAGUCUAAUAGUGCAACAUAAAGUUAAAUAGUUGGAUCUUCUAUAGGAAGAGUCUCAGAUUCUUUUCAUUGUAUCAUUUAGUAUUUAUCUUGCAAAAAAAUAUAUACAUCAUAUUAGAUACAUUACGCA